AUGGCGGCGGCGGCGGCGGGCGAUCGCGCCUCGUCGUCGGGAUUCCCGGGCGCCGCGGCGGCGAGCCCCGAGGCGGGCGGCGGCGGCGGCGGCGGCGGAGCUCUCCAGGGAAGCGGCGCGCCCGCAGCGGGCGCGGCGGGGCUGCUGCGGGAGCCCGGCAGCGCGGGCCGCGAGCGCGCGGACUGGCGGCGGCGGCAGCUGCGCAAAGUGCGGAGCGUGGAGCUGGACCAGCUGCCGGAGCAGCCGCUCUGCCUCGCCGCCGCCUCGCCGCCCUGCCCAUCGACUUCCCCGUCUCCGGAGCCCGCGGACGCCGCUGCAGGAGCGAGUCGCUUCCAGCCCGCGGCGGGACCGCCACCCCCGGGAGCGGAGAGUCGCUGCGGCUCCCACUCUGCCGAGCUGGCGGCCGCGCGGGACAGCGGCGCCCGGAGCCCCGCGGGGGCCGAGCCGCCCUCUGCAGAGGCCCCCUCCGGUCGAGAGAUGGAGACUAAAGAAACCCUCAAAGGGCUGCACAAGAUGGAGGAUCGCCCGGAGGAGAGAAUGAUCCGCGAGAAGCUCAAGGCGACCUGUAUGCCUGCCUGGAAGCACGAGUGGUUGGAGAGGCGGAACCGGAGAGGCCCUGUGGUGGUGAAGCCAAUCCCUAUUAAAGGAGAUGGAUCUGAAAUGAAUAACUUGGCAGCUGAGCCGCAAGGAGAGGGCCAGGCAGGUUCUGCUGCACCAGCCCCCAAGGGCCGACGAAGCCCAUCUCCUGGCAGCUCCCCAUCAGGGCGCUCUGUGAAGCCGGAAUCCCCAGGAGUGAGACGGAAACGAGUGUCCCCCGUGCCUUUCCAGAGUGGCAGAAUCACACCGCCCCGAAGAGCCCCGUCACCAGACGGCUUCUCCCCGUACAGUCCAGAGGAGACGAACCGCCGCGUGAGCAAAGUGAUGAGGGCCAGGCUCUACCUGCUGCAGCAGAUAGGACCCAACUCUUUCCUGAUUGGAGGAGACAGUCCAGACAAUAAAUACCGGGUGUUUAUUGGGCCACAGAACUGCAGCUGUGGGCGUGGAGCAUUCUGUAUUCACCUCCUGUUUGUCAUGCUCCGGGUGUUUCAGCUAGAACCCUCUGACCCCAUGUUAUGGAGGAAAACUUUAAAAAAUUUUGAGGUUGAGAGUUUGUUCCAGAAAUACCACAGUAGGCGUAGCUCGCGAAUCAAAGCUCCAUCCCGGAACACCAUCCAGAAGUUUGUGUCACGCAUGUCAAAUUGUCACACACUGUCAUCGUCUAGCACAUCCACAUCUAGUUCAGAAAACAGCAUCAAGGAUGAAGAGGAGCAGAUGUGUCCCAUCUGCUUGUUGGGCAUGCUGGAUGAGGAGAGCCUGACUGUGUGUGAAGACGGCUGCAGGAACAAGCUGCACCACCACUGCAUGUCCAUCUGGGCAGAAGAAUGUAGAAGAAAUAGAGAGCCCUUGAUAUGUCCCCUUUGUAGAUCUAAGUGGAGAUCGCAUGACUUCUACAGCCACGAGUUAUCAAGCCCUGUGGACUCCCCCGCCUCCCUGCGAGCUGUCCAGCCGCCGUCCUCCCCACAGCAGCCCGUGGCCGGAUCACAGCGGAGGAAUCAGGAGAGCAGUUUUAACCUUACUCAUUUUGGAACCCAGCAGAUCCCUCCCGCUUACAAAGACUUGGCCGAGCCAUGGAUUCAGGUGUUCGGAAUGGAACUCGUUGGCUGCUUAUUCUCUAGAAACUGGAACGUGAGGGAGAUGGCCCUUCGGCGUCUUUCCCACGAUGUUAGUGGGGCCCUGUUGUUGGCAAACGGGGAGAGCACUGGAAACUCUGGAGGCAGCAGUGGGGGCAGCUUAAGUGGGGGAGCGGCCAGCGGGUCCUCCCAGUCCAGCAUCUCAGGGGAUGUGGUGGAGGCGUGCUGCAGCGUCCUGUCUAUAGUCUGCGCUGACCCUGUCUACAAAGUGUACGUUGCUGCUUUAAAAACAUUGAGAGCCAUGCUGGUAUACACUCCUUGCCACAGUCUGGCAGAAAGAAUCAAACUUCAGAGACUCCUCCGGCCAGUUGUAGACACCAUCCUCGUCAAGUGUGCAGAUGCCAACAGCCGCACGAGUCAGCUGUCCAUAUCUACAGUGCUGGAACUCUGCAAGGGCCAAGCAGGAGAGCUGGCGGUUGGGAGAGAAAUACUUAAAGCUGGAUCCAUCGGGGUUGGCGGUGUCGAUUACGUCUUAAGUUGUAUCCUUGGAAGCCAAGCUGAAUCAAAUAACUGGCAAGAGCUGCUGGGCCGCCUCUGUCUUAUAGACAGGCUGCUGUUGGAAUUUCCUGCUGAAUUCUAUCCUCAUAUUGUCAGCACUGACGUCUCACAAGCCGAGCCUGUUGAAAUCAGGUAUAAGAAGCUGCUGACCCUCUUAACCUUUGCCUUGCAAUCCAUUGACAACUCCCACUCGAUGGUCGGCAAACUCUCUCGGAGGAUAUAUCUGAGCUCUGCCAGGAUGGUGACCGCAGUGCCCGCCGUGUUUUCCAAGCUGGUAACCAUGCUGAGUGCUUCUGGCUCCACCCACUUCACCAGGAUGCGCCGGCGUCUGAUGGCCAUCGCGGAUGAGGUAGAAAUUGCCGAGGUCAUCCAGCUGGGUGUGGAAGACACUGUGGAUGGGCAGCAGGACAGCUUACAGGCACUGGCCCCUGCCAGCCAUCCAGAGAACAGCUCCCUUGAGCACACAGUCCAUGUAGAGAAAACUGGGAAAGGAUUGAGCGCUACGAGACUGAGUGCCAGCUCAGAGGACAUUUCUGACAGACUGGCCGGCGUCUCUGUAGCACUUCCCAGUACAACAGAACAACCAAAGCCAACGGUCCAAACAAAAGGCAGGCCCCACAGUCAGUGUUUGAACUCCUCUCCUUUGUCUCAUGCUCAGUUAAUGUUCCCAGCAAUACCAGCCCCUUGUUCUUCUGCCCCAUCUGUCCCAGCUGGCUCUGUAACAGAUAUUUCUAAGCACAAACCCCAGGCGUUUGUUCCCUGCAAAAUUCCUUCCGCAUCUCCUCAAACACAGCGCAAGUUUUCUCUACAGUUCCAGAGGAACGGCUCUGAAAACCGAGACUCAAAUAAACUGUCCCCAGUCUUUACUCAGUCAAGACCCCCACCCUCCAGUAACAUACACAGGCCAAAGCCAUCCCGACCCGUCCCGGGCACUACAAGCAAACUAGGGGACGCCACAAAAAGUAGCAUGACACUUGAUCUGAGCAGUGCUUCCAGGUGUGACGACAGCUUUGGUGGUGGCGGCAACAAAGGCAAUGCCGUCAUACCCAGUGAUGAGACAGUGUUCACGCCAGUGGAGGACAAGUGCAGGUUAGAUGUCAACACCGAGCUCAACUCCAGCAUCGAGGACCUUCUUGAAGCAUCCAUGCCUUCAAGUGACACGACAGUCACUUUCAAGUCCGAAGUCGCCGUCCUGUCUCCGGAAAAGGCCGAAAAUGACGAUACCUACAAAGACGAUGUCAAUCAUAAUCAAAAGUGCAAAGAAAAGAUGGAAGCUGAAGAGGAGGAGGCUUUAGCGAUUGCCAUGGCGAUGUCCGCGUCUCAGGAUGCCCUCCCCAUAGUCCCUCAGCUGCAGGUUGAAAAUGGAGAAGAUAUCAUCAUCAUCCAGCAGGACACACCAGAAACUCUUCCGGGACAUACCAAAGCGAAGCAACCUUACAGAGAAGACGCCGAGUGGCUGAAAGGUCAGCAGAUAGGCCUCGGAGCAUUCUCCUCCUGUUACCAAGCGCAAGACGUGGGAACUGGGACUUUAAUGGCUGUGAAACAGGUGACUUACGUCAGAAACACCUCCUCCGAGCAGGAGGAGGUGGUGGAAGCGUUAAGGGAAGAGAUCAGGAUGAUGGGCCACCUCAACCAUCCAAACAUCAUCAGGAUGCUGGGAGCCACGUGUGAGAAGAGCAACUACAACCUCUUCAUUGAGUGGAUGGCAGGAGGAUCUGUGGCUCAUCUCCUGAGUAAAUAUGGAGCUUUCAAGGAGUCAGUCGUCAUUAACUACACUGAGCAGUUACUCCGUGGCCUUUCCUAUCUCCAUGAGAACCAGAUCAUUCACAGAGACGUCAAAGGUGCCAACCUGCUCAUUGACAGCACUGGUCAGAGGCUGAGAAUUGCAGACUUUGGAGCUGCCGCCAGGUUGGCAUCAAAAGGAACCGGUGCAGGAGAGUUCCAGGGACAGCUACUGGGGACAAUUGCAUUCAUGGCGCCUGAGGUACUAAGAGGUCAACAGUAUGGUAGGAGUUGUGACGUAUGGAGUGUUGGCUGCGCCAUUAUAGAAAUGGCUUGUGCAAAACCACCUUGGAAUGCAGAAAAACACUCCAAUCAUCUUGCGUUGAUAUUUAAGAUUGCUAGUGCAAUGACUGCGCCGUCCAUCCCGUCACAUCUGUCCCCGGGUCUGCGCGACGUGGCACUGCGCUGCUUAGAACUUCAGCCUCAGGACCGGCCUCCGUCCAGAGAGCUGCUGAAGCAUCCGGUCUUCCGUACCACGUGGUAGUUAAUUGCUCAAGAUCAGCUCUAAUGGAGACAGGAUGUGCAACAUGGAGAGAGAAAAAGAGAACUCUGUGGGCGACCACGCCGAUAACCCGCCGGCUCUCAUGCCACUGAACAGCUAGAAACAAGGCCAGCGGGGAACCGUACCUAAGCAUGUGAUUGACAAAUCAUGACCUGUACCUAAGCUCGAUAUGCAGACAUCUACAGUUCGUGCAGGAACUGCACACCGUGCCUUUCACAGAACUGGCUCUGGGGGACCAGGAAGGCAAUGGAGUUUGCAUGACUAAAAAACAGAAGCAUAAAUUUAUUUUUGGAGCACUUUUUCAGCAAUAUUAGCAGCUGAGGGCUCAGGAUCUAUUUUAAUGUGUCACUUCUUCCAUUUCAUCUAGUGGUCACACCAGGGGCUCUGCAAUUCCAUUUGGUUUUUUUUGGGGGGGGGAGGGGGGGUUGUCACUGGCUGUAAAAAAAAAAGAAAAUCAGCGCCUGGCUCUUUCGGGUCAGAGUGUGUAUGCGAAGCAGUGAAUACAUGCCUUUUUAAAGUUCAUAACUUCUUUAUGACCCACAGUUGACCCCCUUUUUUUUCCUU